AUGUCUUCCGCGGCGUCUCCGGCGUUGUCUCUCCUCCGGGGUGGCGGAGGGUGCAGAUGCCCCUCUCCGGGCAGGACCCGGGUCCGGCGGGCGCGCGCCGCCGCGUCGGACGGCGCUCAGGACAGCGGCGCCGCCGCCCCGCCUUUCAGGCGCGUGAGGGGUACGCCGGGGGUGGACACGAGGAUCCACUGGAGCGACCCGGACGAGGGAUGGGUCGGGGGAAAGCCCCGCCCGGAGACGACGGCCGCCGACAAGCGCGAGAAUCUCGGGGGCAGGUUCGCCGAUCUGAUCACCGGGACCGAUGCCUCGACGACGGCGUCUCACUACCAGUUGAGCGCUCCCUCUCUCUCUCUCUCUCUCUACCGCUCUCUCCAUAUCCGGCGACGGACGGCCGUCUCAUUGGGUGGUAGUGGUGGUGGGGGAAUGUGACAGGUUCCUUGGGGUGACCGCCGACGCGGACGCGGAGGAGAUAAAGGGGGCGUACCGGCGGCUGUCCAAGGAGUACCACCCGGACACGACGGAGCUGCCGCUGAAGACGGCGUCGAUGAAGUUCGUGCAGCUGAGGGAGGCCUACAACGUGCUGAGCGACGAGGAGAGCCGGCGGUUCUACGACUGGACGCUGGCGCAGGAGGCAGAGAGCCGGCGGGAGGCGAGGAUGAGGAUGAGGCUAGAGGACCCCUACAUGCAGGACAUCAGGAACUGGGAGUCCAUCCCCGACACCGUCGACCGGCUCGGCGGCAAGAACAUGCCGCUCAGCGACCAGGCCAUGACCGCCCUCACCAUCGACAUCGCCAUCAUCAUCUUCUCCCUCUGCUGCGUCGUCUACGUCGUCGUCUUCAAGGAGCAGUACUGA